AUGUUCCAUCCUACUCGAGGAGGUGUUCGUGGUGGUAAAGACCAGUUCAGUUGGGAAGAUGUCAAGGAAGAUAAAUAUCGUGAAUACUACCUUGGCCAUUCGUUGAUGGCUCCUGUGGGUCGAUGGCAGAAGGGCAAGGACUUGACAUGGUAUGCAAAGGAUUCCAAAGACGACAAAGCAGAAGCACAUGCACUGGAGCUUGCCAAGAUUAAAGAAGCUGAAGCGGAUGCCAUGGCAGUUGCAUUAGGCGUAAAGAAGAAACGCACCAUUGAAAGCAAUGUCACUGAAGAAGAAUUACGACAUGCCAUUAAACGCAACGAUGAUUCGGAUGAUGAUCCAUUGGAUAAGGUGAACGAGGAAAAAGGAUUGGGCUAUGGCAGAUCCAAUCGUUUGAUACCAGCAGCAGAUCAACCUGUGGAAGUUAUGAAUAAGGGUGGAGCACCUUUGGAUUACAGCAAUGUCGCAGCAACCAGUUCUUCAGCAAUCGGCUAUGAAGAUGAGAUGCACAUUGACAGCCGCAGCAAGGAGAAGAGGAAAAAGAAAUCCAAAAAGCACAAGAAAUCCUCUUCAGAGAAAAAGAAACGUCGUCAUCGUCAUCGAUCGGUAUCACCCGAAAGCGAAGAUGAACAUCGUCGUCAUCAUCGAUAUGAUUCACCACGCCGUCGUCGUCAUCAUCGUCGUGAUUCAGAUAUGGAUCGAGAUACAAGGAGUCGUUCACGUUCAUUAUCACCACGUCGUCGUCAUCGCCAUUCAUCUCGUUUAUCUUCAUAUAUGGAUCGACAUAGAAGCCGCUCACCACCUCGACGACGACAUCGAUCACCAUCCACACCACGUAGAGGACGUUCUAGACGCCCACGUAGUUUCAGUCGUUCACCAUCACCUGUUGACAGAAAAAGUCAUCGUCGUUCACCAUCCACACCUCGACAAAGAGCAUCGAGCCGUUCUAUGAGCCCACCAAGGAAAAGAUCACAUCCUCACAGAGAUAGAUCACAUCCUCCACCACCUCCACCAUCCCAUGAAUCCAAGCGAGAAAAAAGCCGUUCACCUUCACCCUACACUAGACGUGCCAUGUUGAGUGGUCGACAAUAG